AUGAACAUAAAAGGCCCAGGAAUUAGUCCUUCCACCUACAGUUUAAUACAAGAGAUCAAUGUUUUCCUAAAAGAAGAACGUGGAGGGACCGAGGUUUCCCCCGAGGAAGAAGACAAGAAGGUCAGCUUCACACUGAACAUACAAGCUGAAGGUACUGAAGUUUCCACGAAGAGGUUAGUCGGCGACAUCAAGGCUUUCCUUACCGAGGAAAAGGAAAUCACAGAAUAUUCGCUGAAUGUAAGAGGCCAAGGAAUCCCUGGGCAACCCAACUCAGCAGAACAGCGGAUCCGAUUUACUCUGCAUAUAAAAGGGCAAGGGAUGGAAUCAGCUCUUAAGAGGUUACUCGAAAAGACUAGGUUUCUUGUCCUAGCCCAAAAGGAAUUCCGUAAUAUUUUAAUGAAAAUAAAAGGCCCAGGAAUUAGUCCUCCCACCUACAGUUUAAUACAAGAGAUCAAUGUUUUCCUAAAAGAAGAACGUGGAGGGACCGAGGUUUCCCCCGAGGAAGAAGACAAGAAGGUCAGCUUCACACUGAACAUACAAGCUGAAGGAACUGAAGUUUCCACGAAGAGGUUAGUCGGCGACAUCAAGGCUUUCCUUACCGAGGAAAAGGAAAUCACAGAAUAUUCGCUGAAUGUAAGAGGCCAAGGAAUCCCUGGGCAACCCAACUCAGCAGAACAGCGGAUCCGAUUUACUCUGCAUAUAAAAGGGCAAGGGAUGGAAUCAGCUCUUAAGAGAUUACUCGAAAAGACAAGGUUUCUUGUCCUAGCCCAAAAGGAAUUGCGAAAUAUUUCAAUGAACAUAAAAGGCCCAGGAAUUAGUCCUUCCACCUACAGUUUAAUUCAAGAGAUCAAUGUUUUCCUAAAAGAAAAACGUGGAGGGACUGAGGUUUCCCCCGAGGAAGAAGACAAGAAGGUCAGCUUCACACUGAACAUACAAGCUGAAGGUACUGAAGUUUCCACGAAGAGGUUAGUCGGCGACAUCAAGGCUUUCCUUACCGAGGAAAAGGAAAUCACAGCAUAUUCGCUGAAUGUAAGAGGCCAAGGAAUCCCUGGGCAACCCAACUCAGCAGAACAGCGGAUCCGAUUUACUCUGCAUAUAAAAGGGCAAGGGAUGGAAUCAGCUCUUAAGAGGUUACUCGAAAAUACUAGGUUUCUUGUCCUAGCCCAAAAGGAAUUCGAAAUAUUUCAAUGAACAUAAAAGGCCCAGGAAUUAGUCCUUCCACCAACAGUUUAAUACAAGAGAUCAAUGUUUUCCUAAAAGAAGAACGUGGAGGGACCGAGGUUUCCCCCGAGGAAGAAGACAAGAAGGUCAGCUUCACACUGAACAUACAAGCUGAAGGUACUGAAGUUUCCACGAAGAGGUUAGUCGGCGACAUCAAGGCUUUCCUUACCGAGGAAAAGGAAAUCACAGAAUAUUCUCUGAAUAUAAGAGGCCAAGGAAUCCCUGGGCAACCCAACUCAGCAGAACAGUGGAUCCCAUUUACUCUGCAUAUAAAAGGGCAAGGGAUGGAAUCAGCUCUUAAGAGAUUACUCGAAAAGACCAGGUUUCUUGUCCUAGCCCAAAAGGAAUUCCGUAAUAUUUCAAUGAACAUAAAAGGCCCAGGAAUUAGUCCUUCCACCUACAGUUUAAUACAAGAGAUCAAUGUUUUCCUAAAAGAAGAACGUGGAGGGACCGAGGUUUCCCCCGAGGAAGAAGACAAGAAGGUCAGCUUCACACUGAACAUACAAGCUGAAGGAACUGAAGUUUCCACGAAGAGGUUAGUCGGCGACAUCAAGGCUUUCCUUACCGAGGAAAAGGAAAUCACAGAAUAUUCGCUGAAUGUAAGAGGCCAAGAAAUCCCUGGGCAACCCAACUCAGCAGAACAGCGGAUCCGAUUUACUCUGCAUAUAAAAGGGCAAGGGAUGGAAUCAGCUCUUAAGAGAUUACUCGAAAAGACCAGGUUUCUUGUCCUAGCCCAAAAGGAAUUCCGAAAUAUUUCAAUGAACAUAAAAGGCCCAGGAAUUAGUCCUUCCACCUACAGUUUAAUUCAAGAGAUCAAUGUUUUCCUAAAAGAAAAACGUGGAGGGACUGAGGUUUCCCCCGAGGAAGAAGACAAGAAUGUCAGCUUCACACUGAACAUACAAGCUGAAGGAACUGAAGAUUCCACGAAGAGGUUAGUCGGCGACAUCAAGGCUUUCCUUACCGAGGAAAAGGAAAUCACAGCAUAUUCGCUGAAUGUAAGAGGCCAAGGAAUCCCUGGGCAACCCAACUCAGCAGAACAGCGGAUCCGAUUUACUCUGCAUAUAAAAGGGCAAGGGAUGGAAUCAGCUCUUAAGAGAUUACUCGAAAAGACUAGGUUUCUUGUCCUAGCCCAAAAGGAAUUCCGAAAUAUUUCAAUGAACAUAAAAGGCCCAGGAAUUAGUCCUUCCACCUACAGUUUAAUACAAGAGAUCAAUGUUUUCCUAAAAGAAGAACGUGGAGGGACCGAGGUUUCCCCCGAGGAAGAAGACAAGAAGGUCAGCUUCACACUGAACAUACAAGCUGAAGGUACUGAAGUUUCCACGAAGAGGUUAGUCGGCGACAUCAAGGCUUUCCUUACCGAGGAAAAGGAAAUCACAAAAUAUUCGCUGAAUGUCGGAGGCCAAGGAAUCCCUGGGCAACCCAACUCAGCAGAACAGCGGAUCCGAUUUACUCUGCAUAUAAAAGGGCAAGGGAUGGAAUCAGCUCUUAAGAGGUUACUCGAAAAGACUAGGUUUCUUCUCCUAGCCCAAAAGGAAUUGCGAAAUAUUUCAAUGAACAUAAAAGGCCCAGAAAUUAGUCCUUCCACCAACAGUUUAAUACAAGAGAUCAAUGUUUUCCUAAAAGAAGAACGUGGAGGGACCGAGGUUUCCCCCGAGGAAGAAGACAAGAAGGUCAGCUUCACACUGAACAUACAAGCUGAAGGUACUGAAGUUUCCACGAAGAGGUUAGUCGGCGACAUCAAGGCUUUCCUUACCGAGGAAAAGGAAAUCACAAAAUAUUCGCUGAAUGUCGAAGGCCAAGGAAUUCCUGGGCAACCCAACUCAGCAGAACAGCGGAUCCGAUUUACUCUGCAUAUAAAAGGGCAAGGGAUGGAAUCAGCUCUUAAGAGAUUACUCGAAAAGACCAGGUUUCUUCUCCUAGCCCAAAAGGAAUUCGAAAUAUUUCAAUGAACAUAAAAGGCCCAGGAAUUAGUCCUUCCACCAACAGUUUAAUACAAGAGAUCAAUGUUUUCCUAAAAGAAGAACGUGGAGGGACCGAGGUUUCCCCCGAGGAAGAAGACAAGAAGGUCAGCUUCACACUGAACAUACAAGCUGAAGGAACUGAAGUUUCCACGAAGAGGUUAGUCGGCGACAUCAAGGCUUUCCUUACCGAGGAAAAGGAAAUCACAGAAUAUUCGCUGAAUGUAAGAGGCCAAGGAAUCCCUGGGCAACCCAACUCAGCAGAACAGCGGAUCCGAUUUACUCUGCAUAUAAAAGGGCAAGGGAUGGAAUCAGCUCUUAAGAGGUUACUCGAAAAGAUUAGGUUUCUUGUCCUAGCCCAAAAGGAAUUCCGAAAUAUUUCAAUGAACAUAAAAGGCCCAGGAAUUAGUCCUUCCACCUACAGUUUAAUACAAGAGAUCAAUGUUUUCCUAAAAGAAGAACGUGGAGGGACCGAGGUUUCCCCCGAGGAAGAAGACAAGAAGGUCAGCUUCACACUGAACAUACAAGCUGAAGGAACUGAAGUUUCCACGAAGAGGUUAGUCGGCGACAUCAAGGCUUUCCUUACCGAGGAAAAGGAAAUCACAGAAUAUUCGCUGAAUGUAAGAGGCCAAGGAAUCCCUGGGCAACCCAACUCAGCAGAACAGCGGAUCCGAUUUACUCUGCAUAUAAAAGGGCAAGGGAUGGAAUCAGCUCUUAAGAGGUUACUCGAAAAGACUAGGUUUCUUGUCCUAGCCCAAAAGGAAUUCGAAAUAUUUCAAUGAACAUAAAAGGCCCAGAAAUUAGUCCUUCCACCUACAGUUUAAUACAAGAGAUCAAUGUUUUCCUAAAAGAAGAACGUGGAGGGACCGAGGUUUCCCCCGAGGAAGAAGACAAGAAGGUCAGCUUCACACUGAACAUACAAGCUGAAGGUACUGAAGUUUCCACGAAGAGGUUAGUCGGCGACAUCAAGGCUUUCCUUACCGAGGAAAAGGAAAUCACAAAAUAUUCUCUGAAUGUCGAAGGCCAAGGAAUCCCUGGGCAACCCAACUCAGCAGAACAGCGGAUCCGAUUUACUCUGCAUAUAAAAGGGCAAGGGAUGGAAUCAGCUCUUAAGAGGUUACUCGAAAAGACUAGGUUUCUUCUCCUAGCCCAAAAGGAAUUGCGAAAUAUUUCAAUGAACAUAAAAGGCCCAGAAAUUAGUCCUUCCACCUACAGUUUAAUACAAGAGAUCAAUGUUUUCCUAAAAGAAGAACGUGGAGGGACCGAGGUUUCCCCCGAGGAAGAAGACAAGAAGGUCAGCUUCACACUGAACAUACAAGCUGAAGGAACUGAAGUUUCCACGAAGAGGUUAGUCGGCGACAUCAAGGCUUUCCUUACCGAGGAAAAGGAAAUCACAGAAUAUUCUCUGAAUGUCGAAGGCCAAGGAAUCCCUGGGCAACCCAACUCAGCAGAACAGCGGAUCCGAUUUACUCUGCAUAUAAAAGGGCAAGGGAUGGAAUCAGCUCUUAAGAGAUUACUCGAAAAGACCAGGUUUCUUCUCCUAGCCCAAAAGGAAUUCGAAAUAUUUAAAUGAACAUAAAAGGCCCAGGAAUUAGUCCUUCCACCAACAGUUUAAUACAAGAGAUCAAUGUUUUCCUAAAAGAAGAACGUGGAGGGACCGAGGUUUCCCCCGAGGAAGAAGACAAGAAGGUCAGCUUCACACUGAACAUACAAGCUGAAGGAACUGAAGUUUCCACGAAGAGGUUAGUCGGCGACAUCAAGGCUUUCCUUACCGAGGAAAAGGAAAUCACAGCAUAUUCGCUGAAUGUAAGAGGCCAAGGAAUCCCUGGGCAACCCAACUCAGCAGAACAGCGGAUCCGAUUUACUCUGCAUAUAAAAGGGCAAGGGAUGGAAUCAGCUCUUAAGAGGUUACUCGAAAAGACUAGGUUUCUUGUCCUAGCCCAAAAGGAAUUCCGAAAUAUUUCAAUGAACAUAAAAGGCCCAGGAAUUAGUCCUUCCACCUACAGUUUAAUACAAGAGAUCAAUGUUUUCCUAAAAGAAGAACGUGGAGGGACCGAGGUUUCCCCCGAGGAAGAAGACAAGAAGGUCAGCUUCACACUGAACAUACAAGCUGAAGGUACUGAAGUUUCCACGGAAGAGGUUAGUCGGCGACAUCAAGGCUUUCCUUACCGAGGAAAAGGAAAUCACAAAAUAUUCUCUGAAUGUCGAAGGCCAAGGAAUCCCUGGGCAACCCAACUCAGCAGAACAGCGGAUCCGAUUUACUCUGCAUAUAAAAGGGCAAGGGAUGGAAUCAGCUCUUAAGAGAUUACUCGAAAAGACCAGGUUUCUUCUCCUAGCCCAAAAGGAAUUCCGAAAUAUUUCAAUGAACAUAAAAGGCCCAGGAAUUAGUCCUUCCACCUACAGUUUAAUACAAGAGAUCAAUGUUUUCCUAAAAGAAGAACGUGGAGGGACCGAGGUUUCCCCCGAGGAAGAAGACAAGAAGGUCAGCUUCACACUGAACAUACAAGCUGAAGGUACUGAAGUUUCCACGAAGAGGUUAGUCGGCGACAUCAAGGCUUUCCUUACCGAGGAAAAGGAAAUCACAAAAUAUUCUCUGAAUGUCGAGAGGCCAAGGAAUCCCUGGGCAACCCAACUCAGCAGAACAGCGGAUCCGAUUUACUCUGCAUAUAAAAGGGCAAGGGAUGGAAUCAGCUCUUAAGAGAUUACUCGAAAAGACCAGGUUUCUUCUCCUAGCCCAAAAGGAAUUCGAAAUAUUUCAAUGAACAUAAAAGGUCCAGGAAUUAGUCCUUCCACCAACAGUUUAAUACAAGAGAUCAAUGUUUUCCUAAAAGAAGAACGUGGAGGGACCGAGGUUUCCCCCGAGGAAGAAGACAAGAAGGUCAGCUUCACACUGAACAUACAAGCUGAAGGAACUGAAGUUUCCACGAAGAGGUUAGUCGGCGACAUCAAGGCUUUCCUUACCGAGGAAAAGGAAAUCACAGAAUAUUCGCUGAAUGUAAGAGGCCAAGAAAUCCCUGGGCAACCCAACUCAGCAGAACAGCGGAUCCGAUUUACUCUGCAUAUAAAAGGGCAAGGGAUGGAAUCAGCUCUUAAGAGGUUACUCGAAAAGACCAGGUUUCUUCUCCUAGCCCAAAAGGAAUUCGAAAUAUUUCAAUGAACAUAAAAGGCCCAGGAAUUAGUCCUUCCACCUACAGUUUAAUACAAGAGAUCAAUGUUUUCCUAAAAGAAGAACGUGGAGGGACCGAGGUUUCCCCCGAGGAAGAAGACAAGAAGGUCAGCUUCACACUGAACAUACAAGCUGAAGGAACUGAAGUUUCCACGAAGAGGUUAGUCGGCGACAUCAAGGCUUUCCUUACCGAGGAAAAGGAAAUCACAAAAUAUUCGCUGAAUGUAAGAGGCCAAGGAAUCCCUGGGCAACCCAACUCAGCAGAACAGCGGAUCCGAUUUACUCUGCAUAUAAAAGGGCAAGGGAUGGAAUCAGCUCUUAAGAGAUUACUCGAAAAGACCAGGUUUCUUCUCCUAGCCCAAAAGGAAUUCCGAAAUAUUUCAAUGAACAUAAAAGGCCCAGGAAUUAGUGCUUCCACCAACAGUUUAAUACAAGAGAUCAAUGUUUUCCUAAAAGAAGAACGUGGAGGGACCGAGGUUUCCCCCGAGGAAGAAGACAAGGAGGUCAGCUUCACACUGAAAAUACAAGCUGAAGGUACUGAAGUUUCCACGAAGAGGUUAGUCGGCGACAUCAAGGCUUUCCUUACCGAGGAAAAGGAAAUCACAAAAUAUUCUCUGAAUGUCGAAGGCCAAGGAAUUCCUGGGCAACCCAACUCAGCAGAACAGCGGAUCCGAUUUACUCUGCAUAUAAAAGGGCAAGGGAUGGAAUCAGCUCUUAAGAGAUUACUCGAAAAGACCAGGUUUCUUCUCCUAGCCCAAAAGGAAUUCGAAAUAUUUCAAUGAACAUACAAGGCCCAGGAAUUAGUCCUUCCACCAACAGUUUAAUACAAGAGAUCAAUGUUUUCCUAAAAGAAGAACGUGGAGGGACUGAGGUUUCCCCCGAGGAAGAAGACAAGAAGGUCAGCUUCACACUGAACAUACAAGCUGAAGGAACUGAAGUUUCCACGAAGAGGUUAGUCGGCGACAUCAAGGCUUUCCUUACCGAGGAAAAGGAAAUCACAGAAUAUUCGCUGAAUGUAAGAGGCCAAGGAAUCCCUGGGCAACCCAACUCAGCAGAACAGCGGAUCCGAUUUACUCUGCAUAUAAAAGGGCAAGGGAUGGAAUCAGCUCUUAAGAGAUUACUCGAAAAGACCAGGUUUCUUCUCCUAGCCCAAAAGGAAUUCGAAAUAUUUCAAUGAACAUAAAAGGCCCAGGAAUUAGUCCUUCCACCUACAGUUUAAUUCAAGAGAUCAAUGUUUUCCUAAAAGAAAAACGUGGAGGGACUGAGGUUUCCCCCGAGGAAGAAGACAAGAAUGUCAGCUUCACACUGAACAUACAAGCUGAAGGAACUGAAGUUUCCACGAAGAGGUUAGUCGGCGACAUCAAGGCUUUCCUUACCGAGGAAAAGGAAAUCACAGAAUAUUCGCUGAAUGUAAGCGGCCAAGGACAUCCCUGGGCAACCCAACUCAGCAGAGCAGCGGAUCCGAUUUACUCUGCAUAUAAAAGGGCAAGGGAUGGAAUCAGCUCUUAAGAGAUUACUCGAAAAGACCAGGUUUCUUCUCCUAGCCCAAAAGGAAUUCGAAAUAUUUCAAUGAACAUAAAAGGCCCAGGAAUUAGUCCUUCCACCUACAGUUUAAUACAAGAGAUCAAUGUUUUCCUAAAAGAAGAACGUGGAGGGACCGAGGUUUCCCCCGAGGAAGAAGACAAGGAGGUCAGCUUCACACUGAACAUACAAGCUGAAGGUACUGAAGUUUCCACGAAGAGGUUAGUCGGCGACAUCAAGGCUUUCCUUACCGAGGAAAAGGAAAUCACAAAAUAUUCUCUGAAUGUCGAAGGCCAAGGAAUCCCUGGGCAACCCAACUCAGCAGAACAGCGGAUCCGAUUUACUCUGCAUAUAAAAGGGCAAGGGAUGGAAUCAGCUCUUAAGAGAUUACUCGAAAAGACCAGGUUUCUUCUCCUAGCCCAAAAGGAAUUCGAAAUAUUUCAAUGAACAUAAAAGGCCCAGGAAUUAGUGCUUCCACCAACAGUUUAAUACAAGACAUCAAUGUUUUCCUAAAAGAAGAACGUGGAGGGACCGAGGUUUCCCCCGAGGAAGAAGACAAGGAGGUCAGCUUCACACUGCACAUACAAGCUGAAGGUACUGAAGUUUCCACGAAGAGGUUUGUCGGCGACAUCAAGGCUUUAAUUACCGAGGAAAAGGAAAUCAGAAAGUAUUCGCUGAAUGUAAGAGGCCAAGAAAUCUCUGGGCAACCCAACUCAGCAGAACAGCGGAUCCGAUUUACUCUGCAUAUAAAAGGGCAAGGGAUGGAAUCAGCUCUUAAGAGAUUACUCGAAAAGACCAGGUUUCUUCUCCUAGCCCAAAAGGAAUUCGAAAUAUUUCAAUGAACAUAAAAGGCCCAGGAAUUAGUCCUUCCACCUACAGUUUAAUACAAGAGAUCAAUGUUUUCCUAAAAGAAGAACGUGGAGGGACUGAGGUUUCCCCCGAGGAAGAAGACAAGAAGGUCAGCUUCACACUGAACAUACAAGCUGAAGGAACUGAAGUUUCCACGAAGAGGUUAGUCGGCGACAUCAAGGCUUUCCUUACCGAGGAAAAGGAAAUCACAGCAUAUUCGCUGAAUGUAAGAGGCCAAGGAAUCCCUGGGCAACCCAACUCAGCAGAACAGCGGAUCCGAUUUACUCUGCAUAUAAAAGGGCAAGGGAUGGAAUCAGCUCUUAAGAGAUUACUCGAAAAGACCAGGUUUCUUGUCCUUGCCCAAAAGGAAUUCCGAAAUAUUUCAAUGAACAUAAAAGGCGGAGGAAUUAGUCCUUCCACCAACAGUUUAAUACAAGAGAUCAAUGUUUUCCUAAAAGAAGAACGUGGAGGGACCGAGGUUUCCCCCGAGGAAGAAGACAAGAAGGUCAGCUUCACACUGAACAUACAAGCUGAAGGUACUGAAGUUUCCACGAAGAGGUUAGUCGGCGACAUCAAGGCUUUCCUUACCGAGGAAAAGGAAAUCACAAAAUAUUCUCUGAAUGUCGAAGGCCAAGGAAUCCCUGAGCAACCCAACUCAGCAGAACAGCGAAUCCGAUUUACUCUGCAUAUAAAAGUGCAAGGGAUGGAAUCAGCUCUUAAGAGAUUACUCGAAAAGACCAGGUUUCUUCUCCUAGCCCAAAAGGAAUUCGAAAUAUUUCAAUGAACAUAAAAGGCCCAGGAAUUAGUCCUUCCACCUACAGUUUAAUACAAGAGAUCAAUGUUUUCCUAAAAGAAGAACGUGGAGGGACUGAGGUUUCCCCCGAGGAAGAAGACAAGAAGGUCAGCUUCACACUGAACAUACAAGCUGAAGGAACUGAAGUUUCCACGAAGAGGUUAGUCGGCGACAUCAAGGCUUUCCUUACCGAGGAAAAGGAAAUCACAAAAUAUUCGCUGAAUGUAAGAGGCCAAGGAAUCCCUGGGCAACCCAACUCAGCAGAACAGCAGAUCCGAUUUACUCUGCAUAUAAAAGGGCAAGGGAUGGAAUCAGCUCUUAAGAGGUUACUCGAAAAGACUAGGUUUCUUGUCCUAGCCCAAAAGGAAUUCGAAAUAUUUCAAUGAACAUAAAAGGCCCAGGAAUUAGUCCUUCCACCUACAGUUUAAUACAAGAGAUCAAUGUUUUCCUAAAAGAAGAACGUGGAGGGACCGAGGUUUCCCCCGAGGAAGAAGACAAGAAGGUCAGCUUCACACUGAACAUACAAGCUGAAGGAACUGAAGUUUCCACGAAGAGGUUAGUCGGCGACAUCAAGGCUUUCCUUACCGAGGAAAAGGAAAUCACAGCAUAUUCGCUGAAUGUCAGAGGCCAAGACAUCCCUGGGCAACCCAACUCAGCAGAACAGCGGAUCCGAUUUACUCUGCAUAUAAAAGGGCAAGGGAUGGAAUCAGCUCUGAAGAGGUUACUCGAAAAUACUAGGUUUCUUGUCCUAGCCCAAAAGGAAUUCGAAAUAUUUCAAUGAACAUAAAAGGCCCAGGAAUUAGUCCUUCCACCUACAGUUUAAUACAAGAGAUCAAUGUUUUCCUAAAAGAAGAACGUGGAGGGACCGAGGUUUCCCCCGAGGAAGAAGACAAGGAGGUCAGCUUCACACUGAACAUACAAGCUGAAGGAACUGAAGUUUCCACGAAGAGGUUAGUCGGCGACAUCAAGGCUUUCCUUACCGAGGAAAAGGAAAUCACAAAAUAUUCGCUGAAUGUCAAGAGGCCAAGGACAUCCCUGGGCAACCCAACUCAGCAGAACAGCGGAUCCGAUUUAUUCUGCAUAUAA